GACAGCAGCCGGACUAAAGGGGGGAAAAAAAUAAGAAGGAUCCCAGCAUCAUCACCAGCAAAAGAAGGAAUAAAAAUGUCAGAAAAUAUUUCAGAGGAGGUUGUUGGUCUGCUUCCUGGCUUGGUGAAAGCAUGAUUGAACCUGAGGCUUUUCCGAGGUUGAGGGGAACCUGGAGUCUUAUCUGUCCUAGAGGAGAUGUCCAUCAGCCUACAGAGCAUGUCCUUGGACUGAGGAAGGAAACCAGAGAACCCAGAGGAAACCCCUGAAGCUCGGGGGGACCAUGCAAACUUCACACACACGGGUUAGAGAUGGGGAUUGAACCUCCAAAGGGUGCCAUACAUCUAAAUGGAGUCGGAGCAGCUGUUUAACAGAGGCUACUGCAGGAACAGCUAUAACAGCAUCACCAGCGCCAGCAGUGACGAGGAGCUGCUCGAUGGCGCCGGUGUCAUCAUGGACUUCCACACCACUGAGGACGACAACCUGCUCGACGGAGACGCUUCACCAGGCUCCACCUACAACAUGUCUAACGGUGGAGGUGGAGCUGGAGGGGUGAGUAGCUCCACCCACCUCCUGGACCUGUUUGAGGAGCCGAUUCCUGGAGUGGGCACAUAUGACGACUUCCACACCAUCGACUGGGUCCGAGAGAAGUGUAAAGACCGUGAACGACACCGCAAGAUUAACAGUAAGAAGAAGGAGUCAGCAUGGGAAUUCACAAAGAGCUUGUACGAUGCCUGGUCUGGGUGGCUGGUGGUGACAUUAACAGGGCUGGCUUCAGGUGCCUUGGCUGGUUUGAUAGACAUCGCUGCUGAUUGGAUGAAUGACCUAAAGGAGGGGGUGUGUCUGAGUGCCUUGUGGUUUAACCAUGAGCAGUGCUGCUGGGGCUCCAACGAGACCACGUUCGCUGAGAGAGACAAGUGUCCACAGUGGAAAACGUGGGCUGAACUCAUCCUGGGCCAGGCAGAGGGUCCUGGCUCGUACAUUAUGAACUACUUCAUGUACACAUAUUGGGCUCUGACCUUUGCCUUCUUGGCAGUUAUUCUGGUCAAAGUGUUUGCCCCGUAUGCCUGCGGCUCUGGGAUCCCUGAGAUUAAGACCAUCCUGAGCGGGUUUAUAAUCCGGGGUUACUUGGGCAAAUGGACACUGAUGAUAAAGACCAUUACACUGGUGUUGGCCGUGGCAUCAGGACUGAGUCUGGGGAAAGAAGGCCCGCUGGUACACGUGGCCUGCUGCUGCGGCAACAUCUUCUCAUACCUCUUCCCCAAGUACAGCAAGAACGAGGCCAAGAAGCGAGAGGUGCUGUCUGCGGCAUCGGCUGCGGGUGUGUCGGUGGCGUUUGGAGCUCCUAUAGGAGGAGUUCUGUUCAGUCUCGAAGAGGUGAGUUAUUACUUCCCGCUGAAGACCCUGUGGCGGUCCUUUUUCGCCGCCCUGGUGGCAGCAUUCGUGCUUCGCUCCAUUAACCCGUUCGGGAACAGCCGCUUGGUGCUGUUCUAUGUGGAAUACCACACACCCUGGUACCUGUUCGAGCUCUUCCCCUUCAUCCUGCUCGGUGUAUUUGGUGGUCUGUGGGGCGCCUUCUUCAUCCGAGCCAACAUCGCCUGGUGCCGCCGGCGCAAGUCCACACGCUUCGGUAAGUACCCAGUCCUGGAGGUGAUCACAGUGGCAGUCAUCACAGCCAUCGUGGCUUUUCCCAACCCAUACACCCGGCAGAACACGAGUCAGCUGAUUAAGGAGCUGUUCACGGACUGCGGGCCACUGGAGUCAUCGCAGCUAUGCCAGUAUCGCAGCCAGAUGAACGGCAGCCAGGCGUAUCCAGAGGGCACUGAGGCCACCACCACUCCCGGGGUUUACUCCGCCAUGUGGCAGCUCAGUCUGGCGCUCAUCUUUAAGAUCAUCAUGACCAUCUUCACCUUUGGCUUAAAGGUUCCCUCUGGUUUGUUCAUUCCCAGCAUGGCAAUCGGGGCAAUAGCGGGUCGUAUUGUGGGCAUUGCUGUGGAGCAGCUGGCUUAUUAUCACCAUGACUGGUUCCUGUUUAAGGAGUGGUGUGAAGUGGGGGCAGAUUGCAUCACUCCAGGUCUCUAUGCCAUGGUUGGAGCUGCAGCUUGCUUGGGUGGUGUAACGCGGAUGACCGUGUCUCUGGUGGUCAUUGUGUUUGAGCUGACCGGCGGGUUGGAGUACAUUGUUCCCCUCAUGGCUGCGGUGAUGACCAGUAAGUGGGUGGGAGAUGCGUUCGGGCGUGAGGGUAUCUAUGAGGCCCACAUUCGCCUCAACGGCUACCCGUUCCUGGAUGCGAAAGAGGAGUUCACACACACCACGACAGCUCGCGAGGUGAUGCGGCCGAGACGGAACGAGCCGCCAUUAGCAGUGCUAACUCAGGACGACCUGACACUGGGAGAACUGCAGACCAUCAUCAACGAUACGAGCUACAAUGGCUUCCCCGUCAUCGUCUCCAAAGAGUCCCAGAGACUGGUGGGGUUCGCCCUGCGCAGGGAUAUCACUAUAGCUAUAGAGAACGCACGGAGGAAGCAGGAAGGCAUCGUGCUGAACUCGCGUGUGUAUUUCACGCAGCAUGCCCCAACACUUCCUGCUGACAGCCCGCGUCCCCUGAAGCUGCGCAGCAUCCUGGACAUGAGUCCCUUCACCGUCACUGACCACACGCCCAUGGAGAUCGUGGUGGACAUUUUCCGUAAGCUCGGCCUGCGCCAGUGCCUCGUCACGCACAACGGGAUUGUAUUGGGCAUCAUCACUAAGAAGAAUAUUUUAGAGCAUCUGGAGGAGCUCAAGCAGCACACGGAGCCCCUGGCGUCUCCUUGGUAUUAUUACAAAAAAAGAUAUCCUCCGUCAUAUGGCCCAGAUGGCAAACCAAGAUCCCGAGUCCAUAAUGUUCAACUAGUGCCCUCAAACACCAGACACGAGGAAGAGGAGAGUGAAGAGGAGGUCCGAUUACUGGACCACAUGUCCCACUGACCUGUUUGUGAAACCCCCCACCACCCCCCAACCCCCUGUCCCGCAUGGCUCCUAACUGGGGACCGGCUGCACUGGUAGAGUCUUCCGGCUCUCCAUCCAGGCUUUCAGGAAGAAGAAGAAGGUUCCUGAAAAUGGCUUGAAAGAUGAUCCAGAGCUUCAGCCACUGAUGAUAAAUGCACUAACGCUAACGUACUCACACAUGGGCAUGCACUGAUCUGGCUCAGGCACCUUCGCUCGGUCUCACCUGGUAAGACCUCAGUGGGGUGAAAGGUCACGAUGAGCCACACAAGUGCGAGGAGGGACCUUGAUGAUAAAACUCUGCUCACGUACCGCUGUGACUCCUGCCACCUGAACCGCCCUGCCGUGUUCCCACUAAAGACUCCGCAAUCGUUGUUUACCUGUAACACAUGAGCUUGAGAGGAGGAGUGUGUGUGUGAGUGUGUGUGUGCGAGAGAGAAAAUGUAAAGUUCCCCUACAUUCCAGUCAGGAUGUCACUCUGUCUUAUGCUUGUUCCGUCAAGACAAAAGUGUGUGUGUGUGUGAAUGAUGAAACUGUGAUCCAUCAAGUAUUUAUCAUUGUGAGAUGAUCAAAUGUACAAAAAAAAGAAGUUUGAAUCCACCAUGUGCAAAGCUGCCUAAAGUGAUUUUCUCUUUUUUUUUUUUUUUCCAUUUCCAACACUACAGACUGUCACAGAAAUAAGGGCACCAGCCCUGUUACAUUUUCCUGACAUGUCUAGCAAACUUUUUCUUUUUGACACUUGUGUUAUUUUCUUUUUAUUUCCUCAGGACAUGUAUUGCUAUAAAAGCUCCAUGUAUUAUUAAUUGUAUAAUAUACCAAGUACUUCCUCUCUGAGUUGUAGUAAGAAAUGUGAUUACCUUCAUCCAUGCUGCACUUGUUUUUGAAAAUCCUCGUGGAUGGCUCGUGGUGCCAUCAUCAUCAUCCGUCACUUUCAGGCGGGUGUGUAAACCGGAGCUGGCUUUAAUGAUUCAUCUCACCGCAUGCUUCCUCUUAUUGAUAUUUUGCAGCUUGAUAAACGACCCUGCGUUACACUGAAUAAAAUCACGGCCCAGUUUACCUUUAAUCGGAUCAUGGGAGUAUUUAAUACUGGAAGUCUUAAAUGUGAAAUGUGAUAGUGGAUCUUUUUCUGGACAGAGCUGCUAGUCAGGAUCGUCUGAGAAAACGAUCCAGCGACUCGAUCAUUGACGAUGUGAGGAAGACCUCUUCAUGCAAAAUCUGGCUUCUUGAGAAUGAAAAUUAAACAAAAGCUAAAACAUAACUUGAUUUAUUUUUUUGGUCCCUAUAUAUAUAUAUAUAUAUUGCUUUGAUGUUGUGAAUACUGGUGUAGUUGGUUAGUGAAACAGCUGGUGGUGAUGCACACAAUAUCUCUGGUGUGAUCUCAGCUUUCUGCCCAUCCCUGAGGAUUAACUGGAACUUUACUCAAGGAGAAGAAUACCUAGUUGACCGGUGGAUCUAAGAGCUGGAUGAUGAGGUCAGGACACAGCACAGCAUGUGACUGCUGAUUAUUGUGUGUUUUCUUUUAGGCGCAUUUGUCGAUCUGAAAGCUUUCCGGUUCAGAGAAUAUUCUGGAGAAAACGAGUCCAUAUGUAAAGCCACAGUGUUGGUGGACUUCAGUGGUCUGGCAGGGUUUCACUGGGUUUCCAUCUCGUCAUGGUCUCUCUUCCUUCACUGCUGCUUCGUGUGUGUGAGAUUUAAUUCUGAAUUAAUCAUUUUUAACAUUUUUUUUUUUUGUUGCAUUCACUCUGGAAAAGAAAAAAAAAAAAAAAAAAAAGUUGCAUCCUCUGAAAUACUACUGACGUCCCGGUAUUGUUUUCUUGUCCUCGUCCUCUGCAUUUUGAGCUGUUAGUCUCAGAUCUCAGCUGCUCUGUGUUCGUCAGGUUAUGAAGGAGAGAGAAAAAAAACAAACAAAACCUAAAAUGACUGUCCUCAUGAUGUUCCUCUCAUUUCUUUUCUUUUUUUUUUUUUUAAUUUAUAUUAGCACUAGAUUUGUACAUUACUGUAAAUUUUAAGUACAAUUACAUAUGAUUGAUGGUUUGAUUGUACAUUUAAAAGGUGUAAAAUUAAAUUGUUUAAAAUGAA